GAGCCCCAGCGGUGCCAGGGGAGGAGGAUGACCUGUGGCUGGGGUGGGGCUGAUAAGGCCCCCAUCGAUCACCUGGGCCUGCCCCUCCCUCAGCGAGGCCUCCUUCCAGCUGCCCGGCGGCCGCAGGGACAGGAAGGGCUGGGCGCCACCCGGGCCUCCUCUUUACCCCCCGCUCUCCCGCUGCUAAGAUGCCAACCCCUCGGACGGCGGCCCCCGGGCUGGAGCUGCCCAGCCCCAAGGCACCUGUGGAGACGCAGACCCCAGUGAAAGGCCCGCGGCGGGCGAGCAGCGGGGAGGCGUCCAGCAUGCACCACGAGGACGCAAGGCUGGGCCUGGGCACCUUCCGGAGGGCCCUCUCCCGGGUGGGCCAGCGGGCCUCGGGCCAGGCCCCCGAGGAGGACCCAGGCCUGCUGCGGCGCAGCUCCCGCUUCCUGUUCCGGUCCUUACGGCGCCCUGCGGACGGCAGCCCAGCUGCUGGCCAGUGCCAGGCCCCCGCUGUGCCAGCCGCAGGCCGCAGCCCGGAGGUGCUCCCUGGGGUUCCUGACGGUAUCAGCCCCCCACUGUCCCCCAGGACGGGACCCGAGGAGCAGGAACCCAAGGCAGAGGGCAAAUCUGUGGCGGAUCUCAUCACCGAGCGGGAGCUGCUGGCGGCCUUCAAACAGCUGCAGCACCUGGAGAUGCAACUGGUGGCCGAGAAAGCCUCACACACCUUCGAGCAGGACCCCACGGGCUUCGCGCGGCGCGCCAUGGACGUGUGCCUGCACUACGACGGGCUGGGUGCGGAGAUCGGCGCCAUCGUGCGGGAGACGCUGGGCCCCAACGGCGUGGACCCCGCCGCGCUGGCCGAGCUGGCCCACGUGGUGAGCGCCGAGGAGGAGGCCCACCCCGGCUCCCCCGCCGACGGCGACUUCCUGCGCACGCCGCGCCGCUGGCGCCAGCAAUGGGAGGACGCGGUGCUGCGGAGCGCGCGGGAGCGCGUGCGGCAAGUGGGUGCCCGGGAGGCCUCCGAGGUAGCCGAGGGUGCGUCGGACCUGGCCCGACUUCUGGCCGAGCUUGGCAGCUCGGUGCGCCGUGACCUGCAGAAGGUGCAGCUGGAGGUGCAGCCUGCUUAUGCGGCCGCCGGCUUCCCGGCCUGGGAGACUUACCGGCGCGCCUACCACGGCGCUGUGGCCCAGCGCCUCCAGGAGCUCGCGCACGACGCCCGCGGCUGCGAGCAGCUCUACACGCUGCUGGACUGGGCCGCCAACGUCUACGGCAGUCCUAAUUUCCUGGGCGCCCCGGACUUGACUCUGUCCACGGAGCCGCUGCCCCCACUCCUGUCACCGGAGGUGUGGGCCCAGCUGGAGAGCGACUACACCACCUUCCUUGAGACCAAGAUCUCGAGCUGCUUCGACGGCAUCCUGCAGUUGGAGCAGAGCCGCUGGGCUGCCGCCGAGGCCCCCGAAGUGCUGCAGGGCCGGUACCACACGCCGCUGUCCAUCGACAUCCACAUGCUGGUGGCAGAGCACGUGAAGGCGGCAGGGGCCAUCUCCGCGGAGCUGGAGGCCACCACCUUGCGGAUCUGCGCGCGGGCGCUCGGCCUCUUCGUGCGCAGGUUUGAAAAGGCUUUUCUGGAGUCGGAGGCUGUGACCGAGCCGCACUUGGGCGCCAACAUCAACGCCUGCGAGGAGCUCAGGACCAGUCUCCUGGCCAGGUACCCAGGAGCCUUUGUGGAACUGGAGAAGCCCCUGGAGGCGGCCAUCCGCAUCUUCCAGAAGCGGCUGCUCCAGGGUUUGCAGCGGGAUGUGCAGCCGUGCUUCAGGGUCCUGUGCACCAAGGCCUGGCUGACGCAGGACGUGCUGCAGCCCCUCAUGGACAAGGUGGUGGCCUUUGCCCGCCACCUGGAGCAUGUGAUCCCACUCUGCGCUCAGGAGACCCUGCAGGAGGCUCACCGGUACGUGGUCCGCGAGUACAUGGCGCAGGCGCUGAGGCCCCGCGAGCGGUUCCGCGGCAUCGAGCGCAGGAUCAGCUCCCAGAAGAUGGGCCUGGAUGCCCAGGCCAUUGGCAACACCUUUCAGGGCUUGGGUUCGGAGGCCACGUGGCUGGACCAAGCGAUCCCCUGCGUGGCAGACAUACUGGGCGAGACUUGCAAAGACGACAUCCAGCGGCACCUGGAGGCGCUCAUCCGGAGCUACCCCGACAUCAGGCGUGACCACGUGCUGGCCAUUCUGGCCCUGCGCCGCCUGGGCCGCCAUCGCAACCAGCACCUCCUGCAGCACGCCCAGGACCUCCUGAGGACCGCCGCUCAGGCGGGGCGCGCGGGGGGCUCCGGGGGCCGCGUGCUCUUCGAGGAGAUCGAGGCGCCCACCUCCAUGGAUGUGCUCCUCGCCUGUAUCUAG